UACACGCUAUAUUAACUCCUAAAACCCUAAGUCGUACAUUAUUAGCUCAGUGGGAUUUUUAUUUUCUCCUGCUUUGGCUUCAAAUCGGACGCUUAAACCCCUCUGCAUUUACAGCAACCACUUUCAGCGCGUUCGAUUCCAUCCCGCCGAGUUCUAAUGGCUGCCCCCAACAAUGCGCCGACGGUUUUGGACAAGGAACAGAUUUUUGGUAUGGCAGAAAAGGAGAUGGAAUACAGGGUUGAGUUGUUCAACAAGCUCACCCAUACAUGUUUCAACAAGUGCGUUGAGAAGAAGUACAAGGAGUCUGAGCUAAAUAUGGGUGAAAACAGUUGCAUUGAUCGAUGUGUCUCAAAAUACUGGCAUGUGACUAAUCUAGUCGGGCAGCUGCUUGGUUCUGGUCGGCCUCCUAUGUAAAAUUUACGCCUGGUUUGCUUUGCGACUUGCUCUUCCCUGGAUAGAUGCUUGGCAGGAUCUCGGGCAAUUUGGAGAUUGUAAUUGUUCGCAUUGUUAUGCCUUUUUCUUUUAGUCGUAAGUUGAUUCCAUUUUGUGGUCUAAGAAAACAAUAGGGACAGGUUUUUGACAUACGUCGCCCUAUGUUCAAAGUCCAUAACAGAAUUGGGCAUUCAUAGUGAAGACUUCUUAAUUAUCUUCGUUUCUUGAAUAAUUGCCACUGUGUUCGGUGGUUUGCUAACACCUUAAAUAGGUGAGAUGGUUCUACCUUUUUGGCAGCAUUGUUGAGCAGAAGUACUUGUGAAGAUUUCUCUAGUUUAUUUAUGGUUCCAAUUUUUCCCAUC